UGGUCAAUCGAGCUCGAUAUGAGGGAUUGACCGGCGCUGAGGGUGACCGCUGUGCGGUCCCCUGGAGCAUACGCCUUCAGUAUGGAGGUUUCCCUUUUUGUGCAUCGUCCGAGCUGGACGAAUUUUGGAUUGCAGGAUAGACUUUGUUCCAUUUCUUUGGACAACUUGGGGCUUGAUCCCCUCGUUCUUCUUCUAUUCAUCUGUUCUAUUGUGUAUAGACGGCACGGAGAGCCGCGUGUAUUUGUUUUUCCCCCUCCAUUUUCUCUCCAUGCAUUUCCUGCCUUGAUUUCACUUCCUCAAUUUGUCUUCUUGUCCAUGUUUCCAUUUGUGGUUACUCACUUUGCAUAUGCGACCAAUUCUUUUGUUGGGUUGCAUGGGUGUUCUCAAGCGUGUUAGAUUCUGUUCUCCUGUCUGCCAUGAAUACCUCAUCUGUCUUUGAUUUGUUUCUUGCUUAUCUGGAGUUUCUACCCGGGGGAAGGGAUCCACCACAAAAAAUGUGUUUUAUACUGUACAAUAAGUUUUGUGCCUAUGUGUGAGGG